AGAAAGCGUUUCUUCGCAUAAUACUGCGGGUGCAAGCAUCAUAGACGUGGUACUGGGUGAAGAUAGAUAACCACAUCGAUUGUUAGCGACAUGAUGUUUCUCACGAACGGCCCCGAGGGGGGCAACCAGGGUGUCGGAGGUAGCGGGCAGAACUAUGGAAGCGGACAAGGCUAUGGGAAUGGUGGCGGCUACUUGGGAGGUGGGAGAGGACCAGUGGGAGGCAAUAGCGGAUGUUACAACUACGGAAAACCCGGGCAUAUCGCCCGAGAUUGCUGGUCCCGCAGAGGGAGGAGCUUCGGGGCACAGAACAGAGAUCCCGAAUUAGAGGAGAUAAAGGAACAUUUUCGACAAGUAAGGAAGGAGCGGCAAGAAAUAGAAGAGGAGAAGAUUGGAGGAAAAAAGAAAGAUGAGAGAGGAAGACGAACUCAGGAGAACACAGGACUUCGCCCCAGGGUGUCGGAGAUAGCGGGUAGAACUAUGGAAGCAGACAAGGCUAUGGGAAUGGUGGCGGCUACUUGGGAGGUGGGGGAGGACCAGUGGGAGGCAAUAGCGGAUGUUACAACUACGGAAAACCCGGGCAUAUCGCCCGAGAUUGCUGGUCCAGCAGAGGGAGAAGCUUCGGGGCACAGAACGGAGAUCCCGAAUUAGAGGAGAUGAAGGAACACUUUCGACAAGUAAGGAAGGAGCGACAGGAAAUAGAGGAGAAGAGAAGAUUGGAGGGAAAAAAAAAGAUGAGAGAGGAAGACGGACUCAGGAGAACACAGGACUUCGCCCGGAAAGCUGAAGAAUUCAAGUUGCAGCCGAGAGCG